AUGCAAGCCCAUCUACCUGAGCCUGUGUGGAUGCCGGCUGGACAGAGCCACGGCCCUCAGGUGCCGAGGGUGUGGAAACUCGCGUCGAAUUGUGCAUCUGUCGGUUUGCUGUUGGGAUAUCUGAUGUUGGCGGUUGUAUUCGGUGGAUCGAGCGAUGACCUGCACAUUAACGCUGCUGCGGCUGCUGUGGUCGCCUAUGGAUUCAUCGGGAUCUCGUACGCUGUGUCGGUUGGGAUCUCGUUCUGCCAGCGUUCAGCUCAAGGCUUCCUUCUUCGGCCAUACCUGAUUAUUAACCUUAUCGCCUUAUUCAAUGUCGUCUUCAACAUCAUCGCGCGCGACCUUCGCCCUCUCAAUGCUGCCCGGGUCAUAGCGAUCGGGUUGCCCGCCACCGGCGUUCUGGUAUACGGCCUUGUGGCGUUCUUGAUAUAUCGCGAACUCGAGCCCGAAGGGAGCCAUCUUCCGGACGAGGGAAGCAGCAGCAUGCUGCUGUUGGACGAUGUUGAAAGCCAGCGACAACAUUUUGCGCGACUGUUGGAAACGAGAGAUGCCCCGGCUCCCUCGCCCGAGCUUGUUCAGAACACCUAUCGACUGGAUCUCCCGAUAGUGGAGCGCACUCCGGACGACCAAGUGUGA